AGUUCUCAGUGUCAGACGACGUCACACUGAAGGCUAAAUCUUGUUUGUAAAUUUUGCGUAAAACCGUAAAAUCGUAAAUCCCGUGUCGAACAAAACACUAAGCAUUUCUGUUAAAGCAUUAUCGGCAGCCGGUGCUACCCUAGCAUUACAGAUGUCCUACUUCGGCGUCUACAUUCCGCCGUCCAAGGCUGGCUUUGAGGGCACCGCGUCACAGUGUGCGGGCUCCAUAGCGGCGGUGAAUAUCAAGCCAGGCCCAGAGUCGUCGUCGGCCACCAACAACAGCACGACAGAAACAGCGACAGCAGCAUCGUCAAGCGCAACAGAUAAUCUCAACGUGGACAACUAUGAGGAUCCCGAAUAUCCACCCGACUCGCCCCUGUGGCUAAUCUUUACCGAAAAAACCAGGGCGUUGGAAGUGCUGCGACACUACAAGGAUGCCCGCCUGCGUGAGUUCCCCAAUCGCGAGCAGGCAGAAAGUUACGUGCAGUUUGGAUUCGAGAGCAUCGAGUCGUUAAACCGAUUUGGCUUGGCCAAGCCAGUGAGCAAGCCCCUGGCGAUGAGCAACAACUUUAAGCCGUCGUCAUCGGGAUCGUCGGACGGUCCGUACUCCACCUCGCCCACUGCCACCGCCACCUCCAGCAACAGCAGCGGCAGCAGCGGCAGCAGCAGCAGCAGCAGCUGCAUCAGUAGCCUGGCCGCCUCCAUGUCGAGUAUGCUGAUUGUGAAUCCUCCAAUAUCGACGCUACCCAGCAUUUCCAUCAACAUAAGCAGCAACAAAAGUGCCACCAGUGUGCCGAUCAACGGCAGUAACAGCGGAAGCAGCACUACCACAAACAGCGGCAGCAGCACUGGCACUGGGACUGCGACUGGGACUGCGACUGGGACUGCGACUGGGACUGCGACUGGGACUGCGACUGGGGCCAAGCACGAGACAGCAGGAGCUAGCGGCUCCAGCAGUGAGCGUCCACCAUUCCGGGCACCCACCAAGCAGGAGCUUGUCGAGUUCCGCAAACAAAUCGAGGCUGGGAACAUCGAGCGGCUGAAGCGAAUUGUCUGGGAGAACCCUCGCUUUCUCAUCAGCAACGGGGACACCCCCACCAGCCUGAAGGAGGGCUGUCGCUACAAUGCCAUGCACAUUUGUGCGCAGUUCAAUCAGGCGCGUGCAGCCGAAACGAUCCUGAAGAUCCUCAACAAUCGCGAGUUCACACUUCAAUAUGUCGGCAAGAAGGCCAGCAGAGAGAUGUGCGCCACGCUAAACGACAACCUGCUCGACUACUAUUUGAAUAUGCCCGACAAGGCGCGCGGUGAAACGCCCUUACAUUUUGCGGUGAAGAAUGGCCACGUGGCCGUCGUUGAGGUCCUCCUUUCGUAUCCACAAUGCAAGUCGCUGCCCAACUUGGAGGGAAAAGAGCCGAAAGAAAUCAUUUGUCUGCGCUCACAGCACGCCCCGCCCGAGGCUGUCAAUAAGCUGGAGCUGCUAUUGGGAGACGCACACUAUGUGCCCGUGCUGAGGUCCGUCGCAAAUGAGGUGCCGCCACAGGUGGGCCAGCCCUUUACGCCCAGCAAACCGCCGAACUUGAAGCAAAAAUCAAGGGACUGCGAGGGCCUCACCAUGGACCUGACCAUCAGCGCAUUGGCGGGACCCAUGCCCCGCGAAAAGGCCAUGCAUUUCUAUCGUCGCUGGAAGACGCCGCCUCGCAUUGCCUGCAAUAAUUUGAGUCCAUUGGCCUUCUCGCCGUUUACAUCGCCGGUGAAGGUGACGCCUAACAAGUCCAUCUUCAAUCGCAGCCCGAAUGGCAAUGGGGGAGCAGAUUUGUGUCUGGCAUCGACACCCGUGGGGCGGCGUGCGCUCUUCAGCCCGAAGGCAGGGGCCUGCAGCUCGCCGAAGCCUUUGUUCCUGAACGGCAAAGAUUGCGAGAACAACAAUAACUACAACAGCAAGCCGAUGAGGGCACCGAUUGAGAUACCAUUGACACCGAUACGUCUGAACAGACCGGAUCUAUUUUUGGCCUAUCGCGGGGACGUCCAGUCCUCGUCCUGUAAUAGCACAUGGCUCGGCGACCAAACCCUCGAUAUAGAUGUGAGCUCGCAGUCAUGCAUAAACGGUAGCUUCCGUGAGCGUCACAUCAAGAACUCGGACAUCGAGAAGGGCCUAGAGAUGGUGGGCAGACAGCUGGCACGCCUGGAGAAUCUCGAGUGGCGCGAGUACUGGGACUUUCUCGACGCGUUCGUUGACAUCUCCAGCGAGAGUGGCCUGCAGCAACUGGAGGGCUAUCUGCAGCAGAAGGCGGAGCAGGCCCAGGCCGAGAGUGCCGAUCCAAUGAAUUUUGAGGCACAGAUUGACGAGUAUUUGGAUAUGGUAAUCGCGGAUCAUCAUCAGAAUCAGCAUCACAGGCAUGGCAAGGGCCAGGCUGUGGCGGCAUCCGCUGCUGGUUCUGGCCCGGGCUCUGGUCCCAGCCCCACCACCCAGGUGAUGACGCCAUACACAUGCGUGGAGAACUCUCUGCAGGUGUUCGCCAAGCGAAUCACCAAGACACUCAUGAACAACAUCGGCAACAUGGUGUCGAUCAACGAUACCCUGCUCUGUGAGCUUAAAAGACUGAAAUCGCUGAUCGUCAGCUUCAAGGAUGACGCGCGAUUCAUCAGCGUUAACUUCACCAAGGUCCACUCCCGCAUUGCCCAUCUGGUGGCCAGCUAUGUGGCCAAUUCGCAGGAGGUCAAUGUAGCCAUUCUCAUUCAGCUUCUCCAGAUGCUGCGCCGUCUCCUCCAGCUGCACGACGCCCGUCGCGAUCAUCUGGGCUGCGUCUGUAGCAGCCUGGUGCUGAUGCUCGAACAGGCUCCGGUCCAUGCCGCCCAGCUGCCCGAUGCCCUCAAGACCGAGAGUCUUUGUUCGUUCGCCUGGAAUACGGAGCAAUCGUGCCCCUGUAUUUGGGAUGCGAAUCUCAGUCGAAAGACCAGUCGACGAAAGCGCACGGAAUCGAUGAAGCGUGCAGCCCAGGCCUCCCAGGCCCAGGACUCCCCAGCACCGGGUUCUCCAACAGCCACAGCGGCAACGGCUGCCAUCGUUUUGCGUUCCAAAGUCGAGGAAUGGACCUUGCAAAGUCGUUCACGCCGCAGCCGCCCAAACAGCGACAACGACGACGAUGAGGACAACAAUGUGGAGUUUUUCUUUUACGAUUGCAGUAAUGGGCAGCAGCAGGACAGCAGUAGUGAUGACGAGGAGCUGUUUCGCACUCCGCCGGAGAGCAUGUCACCGCGUACAUCCAUCUCUCCGGAGCCUUCAAGCCUACACUACAAACUCUUUAUCUUUGGUAACGAGCCAACCAAGCGCGAUUUGGAUAUCCUCAAUGCCAUUUUCCAUAUGGAUGUGGAGAAGGAGACACUGCCGCACGUGCACGCCUGGAAGACGGCCAUGGAGAGCUACUCCGCAGCUGAAAUGGCUCUUUUCCCAUCGCCAACACAUGUUCAGAAGACGCACAAGCCCAUCCUGUGGACCGGCCCCGGCCCCUCAAAGACUUCGGAGGGCAGCGGCACCAUUAGCACCAAACACAGCCAAAGCUCGAUUCAUCCCAAACGCCUGUUUUCUACACCCAAACUCAAUGCGGUGUCAUCGUUCGGACGUCGUGGGUCUGGCCCGGCAGCGGCACCGUCGACGCCGCCAAAGCCAGCGCGUUUGCCACGUUCCCCCGGCCAGUCGAAUGGCAUAGAUGUUAGCGUACCGAAGGAUGUGCCAGUAAGCACGCCAGUCGAGAUAACCGCAUCAGCCGUGUCCCCAAUGCCGGCAUUUGCAGCGGCCGCAGCGGCAACCGUCUCGCAGUCAUUCCAAACGCCACUCAACAAGAUGCGCGGUCUGUUCAGCAAGUACCGCGAGAGUAGGCCCAUCAUUGAUGAUUCGCCGAUCAUCAAUAUCAAUGGGCAGCAGCCACGCAGAUCAUCGCUGACCUUGGGGAACAGCAGUGAUUAGGAGAUGUCACACAGCCCAGAGACAACACCAUACCACAGCACACCACACACCACACCAAACCACACCACACCAAACCACACCACACCACACCACACCACACUGUCCACAGUUCUUUCUGGUUUUUUUUGUGUUAUGUUGCAGACGUUCGUCCGUUGACGUCCAGUCCCAAAUUCAUAUAAGCGGUGUCAUCGUUCGGACGUCGUGGGUCUGGCCCGGCAGCGGCACCGUCGACGCCGCCAAAGCCAGCGCGUUUGCCACGUUCCCCCGGCCAGUCGAAUGGCAUAGAUGUUAGCGUACCGAAGGAUGUGCCAGUAAGCACGCCAGUCGAGAUAACCGCAUCAGCCGUGUCCCCAAUGCCGGCAUUUGCAGCGGCCGCAGCGGCAACCGUCUCGCAGUCAUUCCAAACGCCACUCAACAAGAUGCGCGGUCUGUUCAGAAAGUACCGCGAGAGUAGGCCCACCAUUGAUGAUUCGCCGAUCGUCAAUAUUAAUGGGCAGCAGCCACGCAGAUCACACCACACACCACACUGUCCACAGUUCUUUAUGGUUUUUUUUUGUGUUAUGUUGCAGACGUUCGUCCGUUGACGUCCAGUCCCAAAUUCAUAUAAGCGGUGUCAUCGUUCGGACGUCGUGGGUCUGGCCCGGCAGCGGCACCGUCGACGCCGCCAAAGCCAGCGCGUUUGCCACGUUCCCCCGGCCAGUCGAAUGGCAUAGAUGUUAGCGUACCGAAGGAUGUGCCAGUAAGCACGCCAGUCGAGAUAACCGCAUCAGCCGUGUCCCCAAUGCCGGCAUUUGCAGCGGCCGCAGCGGCAACCGUCUCGCAGUCAUUCCAAACGCCACUCAACAAGAUGCGCGGUCUGUUCAGCAAGUACCGCGAGAGUAGGCCCAUCAUUGAUGAUUCGCCGAUCAUCAAUAUCAAUGGGCAGCAGCCACGCAGAUCAUCGCUGACCUUGGGGAACAGCAGUGAUUAGGAGAUGUCACACAGCCCAGAGACAACACCAUACCACAGCACACCACACACCACACCAAACCACACCACACCAAACCACACCACACCACACCACACCACACUGUCCACAGUUCUUUCUGGUUUUUUUUGUGUUAUGUUGCAGACGUUCGUCCGUUGACGUCCAGUCCCAAAUUCAUAUAAGCGGUGUCAUCGUUCGGACGUCGUGGGUCUGGCCCGGCAGCGGCACCGUCGACGCCGCCAAAGCCAGCGCGUUUGCCACGUUCCCCCGGCCAGUCGAAUGGCAUAGAUGUUAGCGUACCGAAGGAUGUGCCAGUAAGCACGCCAGUCGAGAUAACCGCAUCAGCCGUGUCCCCAAUGCCGGCAUUUGCAGCGGCCGCAGCGGCAACCGUCUCGCAGUCAUUCCAAACGCCACUCAACAAGAUGCGCGGUCUGUUCAGCAAGUACCGCGAGAGUAGGCCCAUCAUUGAUGAUUCGCCGAUCAUCAAUAUCAAUGGGCAGCAGCCACGCAGAUCAUCGCUGACCUUGGGGAACAGCAGUGAUUAGGAGAUGUCACACAGCCCAGAGACAACACCAUACCACAGCACACCACACACCACACCAAACCACACCACACCAAACCACACCACACCACACCACACCACACUGUCCACAGUUCUUUAUGGUUUUUUUUUGUGUUAUGUUGCAGACGUUCGUCCGUUGACGUCCAGUCCCAAAUUCAUAUAUUCAUAUAUUAAAUUGUCGAUUCAAAAGAGAGUUUGUGUUCAAGUGUAAGCUAUGUUGAAUUAAUUAUCGUAUAUAUAUAUACCUUUUAUAUACCCGUCUUUGAAACGUCUAUGAUGAAACAAUACACGAAGCAGAAUGAAAUCAAGUGGCAAGUGAAAGAAAAUAGAUUUAUAUUUACUUUUUUUGUUAAAAUUACUGUAAAGAACAUAAGCAUAAUUUAAUUAUAAACAACAAAAUCAACAGUAUUCGCUAUAACGUUCGGAUUUUUCAUUAAAAUUAAGCCACACUUUACACUCCCUA